UGCUCUCGUCCUCUGCGACUGUACUGACUGGCCAAUAUGUUGAGCCGACUCAUGAGCGGCAGUGAUCGGAGUCUUGACAGAGAAUUCAACUGUACAGUCCGACUGCUUGACGACUCGGAAUACACUUGCACGGUUCAGAGGGAUGCAAAGGGUCAGUGGCUGUUUGGGCAGGUCUGUCAGCAUCUGAACCUGCUGGAGAAAGACUACUUUGGCAUCAGAUUUGUGGACCCAGACAAGCAACGACAUUGGCUGGAGUUCAGUAAGCCAAUAACUAAACAAAUGAGAUCUCAGCCACCAUACACCAUGUGUUUGCGUGUAAAGUUCUAUCCCCCGGACCCUGCAGCUCUUAAAGAAGAGAUCACUAGAUACCUGGUCUUCCUACAGAUUAAAAGAGAUUUGUAUCAUGGCCGGCUCCUGUGCAAAAGUUUGGAUGCUGCCACAUUGGCUGCAUAUAUUCUGCAGGCUGAGAUUGGAGACUAUGACCCAGGAAAGCAUCCAGAAGGUUACAGCUCUAAGUUUCAGUUUUUUCCCAAGCAUUCUGAGCGCCUGGAAUGCCGUAUUGCUGAAAUUCAUAAAACUGAGCUGAUAGGCCAGAUUCCUGAGACCUCUGAGUUGAAUUUUUUAAGGAAAGCUCAGACUCUAGAAACAUAUGGAGUUGAUCCACACCCCUGCAAGGAUGUGUCCGGUAAUGCAGCAUUUCUUGCCUUUACCCCGUUUGGCUUUGUGGUUCUGCAGGGAAACAGGAGGAUUCAUUUCCUCAAAUGGAAUGAGGUGACCAAACUGAAGUUUGAAGGAAAAACCUUUCAUAUAUAUGCAACUCACCAAGAGGAUCAGAAGAUCAUCUUGACUUAUUUUGCUCCAACGCCGGAGGCUUGCAAGCACCUGUGGAAGUGUGGGGUGGAAAAUCAGGCUUUCUACCAGUUUGAGAAAUCAAGUCAAGUUCGCACUGUGUCUAGUAGUAAUCUCUUUUUCAAAGGGAGCCGUUUUAGAUAUAGUGGUAAAGUGGCAAAGGAGGUGAUGGAGCAAAGUGCCAAAAUCAGACGAGAUCCUCCAGAGAUCCACAGGGCUGGGAUGGUCCCCAGUAGGAGUUGUCCUUCGAUCACUCAUGGCCCACGACAGAGUAGCGUUCCCCGGACACGCAGGAGAGCAGUCCAUAUUUCCAUCAUGGAGGGUUUGGAGUCCUUGCGUGACAGUGGCCAUUCCACACCAGUGCGCUCGGUUUCCAAUGGCAACUCAUUCCUGCGCUCCCAUAGAAAUACAGCUGAGGGAGGAAGUGGGACAGCAGAAUUCUCAGAGGACUCUUACAGUCCCUCUGACAGCAUGCUUCCCACACCAUUGUCCAACGACCACUCUUCAGACCAGGCUCAGGUUCGCCACACCAAUGGCCCCCGCAGCAUCCAAGAUGUUCGGGGAACCGAAUCGGGCACUGUAGACCGGGCAAGGCCACUUGGUGUUAAGUCCAAAGGGAAACGUUCUCACCUGGAGAAGACUCGGACGACCCAACACAACCCAGAGGAAGAGCGGGUAAAUGAGUUCAUCUAUAGCUUGGCACGUCUUUUCUUAGUGACCCUGGCUCUGCUCUUUGCUCUCCUUCUCCUUCUUAUUGUGUUAACAGAGUCUGAGCUAGACUUGGCCUUUCUUAGGGACAUCCGGAGAACACCUGAAUUUCAGCAGUUCCACUAUGAAUAUUUCUGCCCCCUUAGGCGCUGGCUGGCCUGCAAGUUGCGCUGGAUGGGUGGACAUCUCAUCAAUAAAUGACAGUCUCAAGGGACAAGUAGUCUGAGAGUGGGACGUGCACCAUGAAAUUAGAAUGUACUAUUAUCUACAUAGCCAAAGCUGUGGACUCUAACACCAUGACAAGACAACUGUGUAUGUUUCAGCUCUAGUUAUUGUAUUAUACAAUUGUUCUCUGCAGCACUACUUUGUAGUUGGGUAAAAAUAUGGUAUGUGUAGCUCUAUAAAUGCUGCUUUCACCCCUUUAUCUAUUAUUUAAAAAUAAUAUCCACACUCAAGGUAUCGUCCCCCAGACUGUCUAGAGUGACCUCACACUGCAAUCAAAACAAAGAUGCCUUCAUAUAUCAGACUUGAUGAUAGUUGACAAUAGAUAGAGGCAUGAAAUAGCCAUUAAUGAAGUUGAAAAUGGGUCGAGAGUUCAGGAGUUUUUUUUGGAUUAAGUGCUUUGCAAGUGUAAAGUGUUGGUACAGGGUAGACAUUUGAUCCAUACCAAAUGUGAAUAUAGGUAAUGUAUGGAUCAAACCUGUUGAUGAGGAUUCAUUUGUAUGAGAAAAACUAUAACACCAAGAUAUCGGUUACCCAAAUUUUAAGACAUACACAAGUAAUAAAAUUAAUAGGAUUCAUCUUUCUAUCUCAUACAAAUAACUACUGAUAUUCACUGAGAUGUGUAAAUGUUCUGAGUAUGGCAAAGAAAGUGUACUGGAUGGACAGUGUAAUGUGAAAUGUUUGAUAAGUCCGAAAAUGUUACCUAAUUACCUAUAAACCGAUUUUUAUUGAUUUGAUCAAUUAUUUUUAAACUUCUUUUAACAGUUUUGGAAACCUCAUCCUCUCUCAUUCUUGAUUUAGCAAAUGCCUAUGUAGGUGAUGAUACAAUUGUUGGAUAAAGGGUUGCAUGGUUAUGAUCUUAUCCAAAGGCCUAGACAGAUUGGUAAAUAUUUUUUCAGCUUAAACCAAAUGCACCUAUGAAAUUUCUAUUACAUUUCUGUUGCCUUCAUGAAAAAUAAUAUGCAGCACCUAUUGUUAAAACUUGUAUUGCUAUUUGUGAAAGUAUACCUUUUUUUCCUAAGGGAGUUAGACUAGUGAGCAGAAUAAUUUGACCAUGUAAUGGUUAAAAAAUCAUCUGUUGAUGUAAUUGAACUAAAUGCACCUUUUUAGAUAUCUUUGGUAGAAAAGAUUGUCAAGAAAAUAAACUAAAACAUAAGUAUAACCCAUUAGCCUCAAAAUAUCAGGCAUGUUGCAACUGCAUAUGUUCUGAAAAGGUUUGAAUCAUAUAUGAGGAUUGAAAAUAUAGAAUGAAACACAGUGUGUAAAUGUAAAUUUGUUAUGUACUGUUGUGUGUAGUAUGUCAUUCAUGAAUUAUAACUACAAACAGAUGCAACAAUACCAAUAAUGGCACAGAUGAAAACUGCAAGAAUUAAUUUGGUGUGUCUUUGUGGUGGUAAUUAUCAUGCAAACAAAAAGGAAUGAAGCAAUACAAAUGACUGCAAGAAGUAUAUUCUCAACCUAGAGUAACCAAAUGUUUGAGAAAUGUAUUACAAAUUAAGUGACCUAGGAAUAUGUUGAUUGCUUGACUGUGAAGGCUGUUAGUGGUAUGUAUAAAUCAAUGCUUCCAUAUACUGUGACUCUCUAAUUCUUUGUUUAGAAUCAGAGCAGUUUCUGAUGGUGACUGACAAUGUUCCAGCCAUUUCACUCAAAAGUAAUAGUAGACUGAAAUGAAUACAUGUUGUAGCUCAGAAGAGAAUCUGAAAUGGUUCAUGUAUCACACUGUUAUACAAUGAUCACUCAGCUGUGCCUGAGACCAAUAUUUGCUACCAGAAAUCUUCCUCUUCACUGUAUAUCUUCAGAUUAUUACUUUUCUGUAAAAUUCAUGAUUUUAUUUUCAUUAUUUUCAAUACCAUACAUUAAUUAACAAUGUGUUGUGUGGAGAACACGUUGAAGCAGUUUAUUUUUUGUUUUUCAAAAAAAUAAAAAUAAUAAUAAUAAUAAAUUAAACCUUCU